GUAUUUUUUUUAAUACGGUUUAAUGCGUUUCUAGUACUUUAAAUUACUGUGAAAAGGAACGAAUGUUGUUUAAAUUGAUAAGACUUAGAUAUGCAAUGACGAUGCAAAAUAUAUAAAAAAAAAACAAUUUAAAUGUGUUUUUCUUAACUUGGCAUUGCAAAUCAUAGCUGCAGCUAAUACGUUGUUGGAAUAAUGAGAUAAACUUAUGAAUAAAUGACGCAACUGUGUCAUGAUGGAUCGUAAACAUUAAUUACAUAACAGUUUUAUUAUUGCCAACAAUGUUAAUCCAAUAUGACAUCGGAAUGUGAUUGCAAACACGUACUCUAGAAUUGGUCAUCGUAUUUAGAAUAAUCAUAAAUAAAUAUUUAUUUCAAAUUAAAGAAAAAACAAAAUAUUUUCCAUCCAAACUCCAUGUGUAACCCAACAUAAUUGAUUUAUUGAUUGAAUACACAAUCAGUUCAAGUUAUGUUAAUGAACGAUUGUGUAAUCAUUGUUAGUUCGAAGUUUGAUUUUCCUCAUGACUGAUUCCCUUAUCAAAUACCUGCAACAUUGUUACACAAAAUAGUUCAACAAACUCACAAACGUGACAGACGUUACGUAAAGAUAUUAACAAUCGAUAAUUUUAAUUGUCCCAACACUAACGAUGUUACGUCACAACUCUUAACAUUUUGCCAACUUCUACAUAUUGAUGUAUGAGAUUUUAUCAUAAUCUGAUAUCACUGAUAUACUAUUUAUGUAUAUUUAGAUGUGACAAGUUUAGAAAGAUAUGAUACUUGUAACUGAUCUAAUACGCAUGAGUAUUUCAUGUUAGUAUUCGAUAUCAGUGCAAGAAGAAAACACUUGUCUUUAUUUUUAAAUUGGUUUAUAAAAAAUAUAGUAUCAAUAAAUUGUGUUAUCAAAAUGGUGUUGACAGGUACAAUAGUAUUUGAGAAAGACGUAGAAGAGGUUUACAAAGCAGGCCAGUCUGUAACUGGAAUUUUAAAAUACAGUGUCGAUAAACCAACAGAAUUCGCAAGUAUAUACAUCUCAUUAGUUGGCAAAGGAAGAUGCUCCUGGACUUUAAUGAAUGCGAAUCCAAAUAUACCACCAAUCACUCUCAUGAGCAAUAAGAGCUACGUCUACUUAACCAAGAAUUUAGUUGACGAGACGAACAAUAAAGGACCGCAAAACGGUAACUAUGAAUAUCCAUUUGAUUUCAUUUUACCUUCAGAUAUACCUUCCAGUUACAAAGACAAAUAUGUCACUAUUGCCUACAAAAUUUCUGUCAAAUUUGAGAUCAGGAACAUAGUCAACAGUCUCGAAAAGAUUAAGAGCGAAAUAAAAGUAUGUGGCAAUGUAAAACCAUGUUCUCCUGAACCGUUUAAAGUGGAAUUCGAUAAAAAAGUCUUCGCAGUGACGAAACGAAAACGUGUAGAUAUCGAAGCAACAAUUGAAAAGACGUUGGUAGCUCCUGGUGAAGAUUUAACAGUAUCUUUCUUGGUGAACAAUGAUUCAAGUGUUCCUUUGAAUAUUAAAACUGAACUCUUCGAGCAUCUGACUUACGAAGCCUCUGGACGAUACUACAGGUUCAAAAACCCCGUAAAAUCUACGGCUAGAUAUUCACCAAGUAUCAAGAAGAAGGAUAUUUCAAAAAUUACUUGUACCGUCCCAACAUUUCCUAAACUAUAUUCCAUACAACAUGCUGAGCUAUUUACUCUAGAAUAUAGAAUCCAUAUCACAGUUGUAUUCCCAUUUCCUCAUAGAAACGCCACUGUAGAUGUACCGGUGGUGAUUGGAGAAACAGAAGAUUUACUCGAAUGUCAUUUUUUGGAUAACAAAGAGCCGUCAAUUUCCAUGAUAUUUACGGAGAGGAAGAAUGAAGAAAGUUUGGAGAAGAACUCGGAUUAUGAACGUAGAGGACUAGGAUUAGGUUAUACGGAGAGAAUGAUUUAGAAAUGAGUGAUUAAGAAAUAACAGUCAGAAUAACAUAAACACACGCCACUGUCUAUGAUUCAUCCAUCAAUAUGUUUGCUAUCGUUUUCUUAUCACUGACAAGUAAUGAGUCAGAGUUGUUCUCAAAGAUUGCAAUUCAUUGGAAAUAAGUCUUCAAGUGCAAGUGCGUAGGAACACUACUGGGUUGUAACUUUGAAUAAAUAAAGGAAAUAUGGUUGAAACAUAAUACGCUUAUUUGGAUGGACAGUAUGAACACUAGUUUAUAAAAUUUGUCUUAGUGGUUUCAGAGAUGAGAAUCUAGUUAUAGAGAUGAAAAGUGAAUUUUCUUACCUAUAAUAGAUACUUAAUUAAUGUACUGAUAGUCGAGUAGAUGAGGUUACCGCGCCAAACCCACUGUGCGCGACAUAUCGCGAAAUCAAUCCCCAUAUAGGACAAGCAUUUGUGUGAUUCAUGAAUGCCUGUGCUGAUUCUGGACCAGAAUUCAAUUACUUAAAGUGGGAGUCGGUUUUUUUCGUUAAAAAAAAAACAAAUGUGAAUUUAAUAUAUCACAACACCAUUUUGUCCUUCGUUCUUGCAUAAUAUCGCAUUGAUGUUGGUAUCCUUGAUGCAAUAGGUAUGGAACUGGUUUACUUGAGUGCGAUGUUAGACUAUUAACCUGAUAAUACGUCUGCAUAAAAUAAACUCAUUAAAGACUA